CAUGGUAGAUCAUAUAUGCAUAAGAUGAUGAUAUUUGAAAUGUCCCUUGAGAAAUUUGAUCAACUGGGGAGAUAGAUUGUUGGAGAAGUUACUCAAGAUACCCAAUCAAACUAGGGUUUCCAAGGCAAAUCACCUUCAAACUCUUGAAGAAAAUUUGACCAAUAUAACAUGUAGAGAUCAUUGGGACUCAUAUAUGAUGCUUAUAAUCAUUCUUGAAUCAAUUCUUGGUUGUGCUCUUUGUUCAUGAGGGUCUCAAAUCCUAGAUGUGAUCAAUGAAUCGAUGAACAAACACAAUAAACUUCAUGUUCAAGACGUCUUCAUCUCAAAUUCGACCAUGGCGGAAGAAGAAUCCACACAUUCAUCAUGUUUUCACCUCUCGAUUCACCUUGGAAGAGCUCCAUUGGAACGGACACGCGGUUGGAGGAAAGUGUCUUUGAUGCAUUCGCUCAUGUCGAUCCACCAUCCACGAUUCCUCCUUGGGCACACGAAAUUGGAAAAGCAAAUGAAGCCAGGUCGCGAUUAAACUGAGUUAUGCGUGCAAAGAAAGAAGCGAAAUCGAAGCGGUUUGAGAAAACUAACCGAAUUACGACGUAAACAGUUAAUCGAUUAUCGUCUAUUCUCAGCUCAAUAUGAAUUCUGAUGAAAAUCAGUUGAAUGAGGGUUUGCAAGAGGUGAAUAAUGUUUCACCUGAAAAUAAUUUGUCUGAAGAUCAAAUAAGUAAUCACUCAUAUGAAUAUGAUGAUGAUCAGUCGGAUGAGGAUUUUUAUGAGGAUCUAGAUCAGUUAGCUGAGGAUAUUCAUCCGUAUCCGAGGAAUCUGCAGCAGAAUGAUCAUCUAAAUCGGUUGAACGAGGAUAUUCAUGAGUAUGAGAGGCAUAUGCAGCAGAAUGAUCAUCUAGAUCAUCAGUGGAAUGGGGUUCUUUAUGGGCAUAGGAGGAAUCUGCAGCAGAAUGCAAUUUUUGAGCAUUCUUACCGUUGUUUUUCGGUCUCAUCUCUCGAUAGGCCAAUUCUGGAAUGUGGUGAUAAAAUUAUCAUGCCUGCUUCAGCUCUAGAACGCCUCGCUCGUAUGAACAUAGAAUAUCCAAUGUUAUUUGAAUUGAGAAAUCCUUCUGCUGAAAUAACUACUCACUGCGGAGUUUUAGAAUUCACAGCUGACGAAGGGACGGUGUCCUUACCAAAUUGGAUGAUGGAAGAUAUGCUUUUACAGAAUGGAGACAUUGUAUCUCUGAAAAACACAAGUCUUGUCAAAGGAAAGUUUGUGAAACUGCAGCCUCACUCCAAAGAUUUUCUAGAUAUCACUAAUCCAAAAGCAAUGUUAGAAACUUCGUUGAGGAGUUACUCGUGUUUAACAACUGGCCGCACUAUAAUGAUUCCGUAUAACAACAAAAAGUAUUACAUUGAUGUGGUUGAAACGAAACCUUGUCCCGCUAUUUCUAUAAUUGAAACAGACUGUGAGGUUGAUUUUGCCCCACCUCUUGAUUACAAAGAACCUGAGAAGAAUUUGCCAUCUGAUUUGUCUGAUAAGGAAUCUCCACAAGUUGAAGAAGAGGCAGAAACAAAGACUCCUGAAGUGAUUCCGUUCAGUGGUUUGGGACGGCGUUUGGAUGGAAAACCGGCGACACAGUCAGUUGAAGCAAGUUCGACUCCAAUUCUAAAGCAGCAACAACAAGAAACUGAAAAUAAAACCAAGAGUUCUGGAAAGGUUGUUUUUGGGUCAAAAGGAAAUGCAGCUAAUGUUUCUCUAAAAAAUGAAAGUCAAGAGUCACCUAAGAAGAAGACAAAAACCAAAGAAUUUCAAGCUUUCACAGGAAAGAAGUAUUCAUUAAUAGGUUGAUCCUUGUUGGAUUGUUUUUCAGAUAUUGAUAUUAGUAGAGGAUAGUUUAAUU